AUGGCAUCUCAGGAUGCUGACGCUUUGGUUACUUCCUCCGAUCCACUACAUCCGGCCAAUCUCAUUCCAGAACUCUGUCGAUCCUUCUAUCAGCUAGGAUGGGUUACAGGAACGGGCGGCGGAAUCUGCAUUCGGACUGGCGACAAGGUCUUUAUCGCACCAUCAGGGGUGCAAAAAGAGCGCAUCGAGUCAACCCAUAUCUUUGUACUGCCUUACCCACAGGCGGCGCCAUCCCCACACACUGACCGAGCAUUCCUCCGUCGUCCUGCGAUGAACCUCAAAGAAUCUGCGUGUACACCAUUAUUCUGGAACUCUUUUGACCUGCGUAACGCCGGAAGCUGCAUCCAUACACAUUCUCAGCAUGCUGUGAUGGCGACGCUUCUUUGGCCUGGGCCGGUCUUCACUAUCUCUCAUCAGGAGAUGAUCAAAGGCGUGCGCGUCGGCGGUACUGGUGCCGCUCUUUCUUAUCUGGAUACGCUAGAGCUUCCGAUCAUUGAGAACACACCGAAUGAAGAGGACCUCAAAGACAGCAUGGCAGAAGCCAUGCUUAAGUAUCCCGACGCUGCUGGUGUGCUAGUUCGUCGACAUGGGGUUUACGUUUGGGGAAACGAUUGGGAGAAAGCAAAAACUCAGACUGAGUGCCUGGAUUACCUUUUCGAAAUGGGGGUGAGGAUGAAGCUAGCUGGCCUUCCAACAGUCCUAAAUGAAGCCUGA